UUUCCUCCAUUUAGAUGUGUGAAUAAAACAUUUAGCCAGAAGUAUUAGGUUAUCCAAUUCCUAGUCACUUUUCUUGUCCUCCAAGAUCAUACCAAAUGUCAUACUUUCUCUUAUGAGAGGACCAAGUAGGUGGAUUUUGGUUGACAUUCAUUCAUUCCUGCAUAUCAUAGUAGACUACAUACAAUAGAAAAAUAAAUGGUCUGUAUUUUCAAUUUCAGUAUCACAAAACUGCAGUUAUUGUGAUCAACAUUAAAGCAAUUCUUAUUCUUAGUAAUUAAUUGGAUGAAUAAAUAUUACUAAAUUAUUAGUUAUUACUAAUUAUUAUUUUGAAAUUGAUAUGUCUUGGGGCUUUCAGGAUAAGUAAUAUAGCUAGUUCUAGCUAUUUAACAUUAGAUUAUCAACAGUUGGAUGAUUGAGUUUCUGUUUGAACAUAUUGGAUACAGAUUGUUCAGGCCAUUAUGUACCACUUGAUUUGAGUUUCUUUCAGCCAAAAAUUCAGGCUGGAGGCACCGAAAUGGAGCCUGGCGUAUCUGUGACAAUUGUAUCACCGGUAAAUUUGUCAAUGUUUUGGACUAAUAGUCUAACUGAAACAGGGAUAGCUUUGACCACACAAUAAAACUGAGUAUAUGUGCAAACUGUCUCAUAUUUAUAGCAGAAACCUAUAUCCCUGAUAAUUAAGCAAUGAGUUAUUGAACAAAUAUUUUUUUUCCAUACAAUGAUGUAAGUAGAGAGAUUUAUCUUUACAUAGCACAUGAAAAAUGAAGGGAAAAGCAAAGUGAGCAGAUUAAAGUAGUUUGUGAGUAAAUACUAAAAUAAGGUGGUGAAUUAAGUAGAAGUUUUUGAUAUUUAUUUGGGGUAAAUUAAUUGUUAUAUUAAUCAAGUAAUAAAAAAAUAACCUUUAGAAUAAUUCAUAAAUUUGUUGUUAGAUCAAUCGACUAAUCAAAGAAAUAAUCGUUAGAUUAAUUGAUAAAAUAAUUGUUAGGUGCAGCCCUACCCAAGUGACCAAAACAUGAAUGAUUGUAGGUUAAUUGUUAAGCUUAACAUGAUAGUAGCUGUCCAUGGUCAGCCAUGGCUGCGUAUGGCUUUGGGAAAGAACUACUGUAGGCCUCAUUAUCUUGACUUACCACAAGUACAGUUAAUGAGGCCACUGAAAAUUAGCACAUCCAUUCUGGAAAGUUCAAAGCAAAUCACUUGACAAGCACACCUAAACUAGGUUUCAACCACACAACUGGAAGUAAUGUAUAGUAGUAGUAGUAACAUGUGAUUUGAAGCAACUGAGUAUUAGAUUUUGGCUAAUAUUUAGAAUAAUCAAUAAAUUUGUCGUUAGAUUAAUAGAUGAAAUAAUCGUUUGAUUAAUCAAUAAAAAAAUAUUGUUAGGUGCAGCCCUAUCACAAACAAAGUAUUAUUUAUUUACAUUUAUUAAUCAGCGCAUUCACAAUAAUGAUUCAAAAUCAGCAGGGGGGGUGGAAUUAGGGCCGAAUGUUCUACGAACAGCAAGCAGCCUAAGAAACCAAACUAAGUGACGUGUUCUGUCUGUCUGUCUGUCUGUCUCCUCCGCUCCAUGCAUACCUUACUGUUUAUUUAUCCAAAACAGCCCACAAAACAUCCAUGGUGCCCUCUGCCUCCUUUCCCCUGUUUCUUACUGUACCCCUAGCUGUGGUGCUAUUAUCGCCACCCUGUUGAUCUGCCAAAAUGACUUUGGCCUGCUUUGGGUCCGAUUCACCUAUUGGUUUAUUUAAUUAUUUAAAUUUUUAAUUUAACAAAUUAGAUUUUCUUUUUGUCAUUUUACCAGUUUCCUCUUUGUUGCUGAGUUUAUCCUAAUUCAAAUCGCAGUAACAUUAGAGAGAGAUAAACAAUACCUUCUGCCACUUUUUAAUUGAUGGAUGAUUGAUGGUGACCUUUGACCUUUGAUUAAACCCCCUCCCCAGAAGUGCGUCACACAGGAAGUGCGUCAUCUCAGAGGUUAAUCUCUGCAUCAAACACACACACACACACACACGGGAACCAGAGAAGAUCAAGAGGUUAUGUGUUAUCAGACCGGAGUCGGCACCCUGUUGAUAUAGACUGUUUGAUCAUUGCAUGGAGGGUGACUCGCUUAGGGGUAAUUUAGUUAGAUAAGAGAAGGGGGGGAAAUGUAUGCAUAUGUGUUGGCAGGCCGGAGCCGGCACCCUGUUGAUCAUUGCAUGGGGGGUGACUCGCAUGUCCUCACUGACCAGCCGCUCUGAUAACACCCGAGAAUGGAGUGCAGCGGCCUGUGAAGAUCAAGAAGAUUGGAGGAAGUGUGAACUUUAGGCAUUUACAUAGUAUUGUGUACCUGGAGGAGCUCAAGUCAUAUAACCAGCUGCUUCAGAUAUAGCAGGGACAGCGUGUAGAGAGGUCUCUGUGUUGUGUCUCCAGAUAUAUCUGUAUUGGGGGAUAUAAAUACUAGUUAAAGACGACGCAGAGAAAAGGACUUCUGAAUCUGACAACGGAGAAUGGCUCAAGCAUCCGUGACUCUAAACGGAGGGCUGAACCUUCAAGCAGAGGAGUCUGAGUCAUCAACUGAUACCUCAACAUCCGAGACCUCGUCUGAUACUGACUCCUCAUCUGUGCUUUCAGAGGCAGUACCCGAUCUGUGGGGCGAUUUGGACCAAUAUUUCCAAGAAGGGUUAUCGCCAUCAUCACAGCCACAGGAUGACGCAACGGGGCAUGCCUCAGACGGUCAAAACAUUAUACAUUCUUUAGAGGCUGCCCGGUUAACCGGAAGAGAUCCAGGUGAUGUGAUACCGCAUCAGAAUUUUGAAGAACAACCGCCAUUUCACCGGGAGUCUGUCUCACCCGCUAAUCAACCGCUGAUGACCGUGGAGAGGUUUAGGCCUCAACCAGCGGACAGAGAUCCAGGAUUCUCAUCGGGUCACAACCGCAGAAGAACCAGUUCUGAGAUUCCAUACCCGAGAUCCCGCGGGGCUUCCAGCGAAGGAUUUCCAUCGGCACGCUCAAACAGACCCAGGUCCAGACCAUCCAGGUGUCCUCAGUGCUGCGGAACUACACACCAGCAAUUGGAUCUGAUGUCUAGAGCCUUUUGGCUCAUCUGUCCGAAGUUAGGUGUACAAAGUGACAAUUUGUAAACUGUUUCAGACUGUGAUUUUUAUCAUCUGUAUAAAUUGCAAUGAUGUUGA